UAGAGGAAAAGAUAUUUAUAUUACUUCGAUCGUCACACAGGGCUCAGUUUUGUGCAACCUUUCAGUGAUACCAGAAGUGGUGUUGGUCGGAAAUUAGGACACGGAUAUUUUUUGGGGAAGAACGAGUGCGUGUGUUUACGUGCUAAGAUCAAUACGGGAAAGGAUGAAAUUCUGGAAUAUUCCUCUGUUGGCAGUAGGAGCUGUGCUUCUGGCGUUGAUCAUCAGUGAAAUUAACUGCAAUGUGCAUGAAUUCGAUGGGAAUGAUUUGAAUUACAAUGUGAACAGUAGACAGCCGAGCUCCUCGUCGUCGUCGUCGUCGUCUUCAUCGAUGGGACGAGGAUUUGCGGAUACGGCGAAGGACUUGAUAAUGAGUCCAGCCGGCCAGAUGGCAGUUUCGUUUGCGAAGGAAAUGAUCAGUCGAUCCGCCGGAAAUAGCCAGGUUCUGAGUCUGAACCUCACAAACUUGCUCAUCCUAUUUCUACUGAAAGCGCUCAUCUUUGCCGCUGGACUCAUUGGAGCGGGCAAUUGGGGUGCUUACGGCCGAGGAAGAAGCGAAGGUGGAUCAUUUUUCCAACCUGGUGAAUCGGGUCUGAUGAUUGGCUACCUUGCGGCGGAAGGUUCUGGCCAGGAGGGUUGUAUGUUGCAAAGUGCCUGCAUGUCCCCGCACACGGCCAACGAGUACGCCCGAGCCGCCAACGCACUGGUCAAGGGAGCGGAAAUUUUCGAUCCGGAAAUCCCGAAGAGCAGCAAAUACAACCGGAUGCUGAUUCAGCUCGAUCGAGCCAUCAUGGAAGGUCUUCAGGGGGCACCAUGCGACAUGAUCUAUCCUUGUCACCUGUAAGCACUCGUUCGCAGUAGUG